UUGAACUAUAUCUUCUUUUAUUGUGUUAUCAUUUAGAACUUAACUACAUAAUUAAAAUUAAAUGUCAUCAGAGGAGGCCACCAGUUCCUUGUUCGAGUUUUUACAUAGUGAGAUAAUAGAAUAUGUUUAUUCAUCUUCUGAAGAUGUAGCAAGUGACAAAUGCAUUUCCCAGCUUGAAUCAAUGGGAUAUAGAGUCGGUCAAAGCAUUGCUGAACAAUUAACAAGAGACAGUCAACGUUUUAAAGAUGAAUUGGAUAUUAUGAAGUUUAUAUGUCGGGAUUUCUGGACUGCAUUUUAUAAAAAGCAAGUGAAUAAUUUAAGAACCAACCAUCAAGGUGUUUUCGUCCUUCAAGAUAACAAAUUUAGGCUUUUAACAAGAAUGUCGACUGGAAAAGAAUUUAUCGAACACGCUCCAAAAUAUCUUGCAUUUCCAUGUGGGCUGGUCAGAGGAGCGCUUGCAAGUCUGGGAAUAAACAGUAUUGUGACAGCUGAGGUUGUUGUAAUGCCGGCUGUUAAGUUCCAAAUCAUGGUCCAAAAAAAUUAAAUAUUAUCUAUCAGUUACGUUUCAAAUUUGACUCUGCAAAGCAACUCUGCUUUGCACAGUGUGUGCCACUGAAUAUGCAAUCAAAAUGAAUCAUGUGUUCGCUCAUUAAUUUUGAUUAGAAUGAUGAUAGUUGAUCAAUUUUGGAUUCAAAUUUCUGGCAGACAAAUCCUACUUUUUAUGACUUCUCUGCAUUGCACAAUGAAUAUUCGAGUCAAGAUCAAUGAAAUAUACAUAAGAGAUGAAUAAUUGGUUCAUUACGUGAACAAUAUAAAUUCUAUUUUAUGUAUAUGCUGGGUAUAUAAGAUAAUAAUUUAUGAGAACUCCACUAUGGUACAAAAGAUUACAACACACACGAUAAUCACAUGGGUAGGGAUUUCGCUUGGGUUGCCAAGAUUUGAAUCAUGAGACAUAAAUUACUACAUGGGCAAAAUCAUCUUGUGAAUAUGAGUGAAAAAACACCAUGGAAACUAUCUGAUCUGGCUUUAAGCUUGUAACAUGAAGAGAAAAAUCUUCCUUGAAUCAGACUUGUGCCAUCAUUAUCUGUGGCCUGCAUCAGGGUUGCCAGAUCCCUGUGAUCAAAAAGCGAACACAAGACAGUGAUAAAGCCAACAAUUUUAUCAAGUACCAAAAGCCCUGUGAUUUGUCAGAUUUAAAAAGCUUGGCACAAUAGUGGGUUUGCAAUAUACAAUAUGAUUUAGAACCAUCCUUUAAUUUAGUGAGCCACACCGACGGUUUUUUCAAUUGAAAGUUGUUGCUAUCAUGAUGAUUUCCACUUCAGCAUACUAAAGGGUUUAAAAAUAAGAAGUAAUUAUUGAAUGGCAAAACCAGAAUGUGCAUCCGUCCGAUGCAAUACAGUCGAGCUGACGUCUAUAUAAAAAGGUUUAAAAAAUAAAUAAUAUUAGGUGGACAGUAAUAUUUUAUAAUUCAAUAUACAAUACAAGAUGCCGCAUUAGAAUGUGAUAUACCUACCUACAUGUUCUAAUUAAACUUGCGAUUUCCUUAAAAUAUUCUUAUAUUACUUCACUAUUGAAAAAAUUGUAUUGUACGUUGACUUUUUCUGAUUGGUUAUGGUUAAAGUAAUAAACAAGGAAAUCGAUGCUCGCGGGAAAUUAAAAUGCGAAGUAGCUAAGCAAUAAGCUAUUGUUGCAACCUAAAUAUUGUAUUUCAUAUGAUUUUAAUAAUAAAAAAAGACAUGAAACGCCA